UUGUGUCUCUUUGGUUUCAGUCCACAGAUUGGUACUCCUGCCUUCCCCUUACACGUUUUCCUUGUUCCUACCAAAGCCGGGGUCUGAGUCGGUGUCUCUUCCGUGGUUCGCCAUGCCAAGAACUCCCGUUAGAUUGCAGCAAACUUCCCCUGAGGGCAGCUCAGGGUCACCUUCGAAUGCCACCACGAGGAGAAGCGUUUCAAACACCUCCAGACGAAGUGCUGCUAGAACAUCGAGGAGUUCCACUCCAGACACAUCCAGACAAAGUGCUGCUAGAACAUCGAGGAGUUCCACUCCAGACACAUCCAGACAACGUGCCUUAAGAACAUCGAGGAGAAACCCCUCACACACACCAAGAAGGAGUCAUUUAGAAAGACGCCGCAAUCAGAGCACGUGCACGGAGCGGGAAGAGGGAGAUUUCCCUGACGCUCGAAACAGAAGCGUACGAGAAUGUGCCCUGGCGUGGUUAGCAGCAGAUGCGGAGAGGAGAUGGUCGAACACUGGACUGCAAAAUGGCAGCUUCACAAGCUCAUCAAGCCGCGAGAAUCCACCAACUGCCAUCAACAACACGGGCAGAGAGCAGAUCCCCAGGCUUUAUGAAGGGUCCGGUCCGAUUCUUAUGUUCAGAGGCAUUGAACGUGAAUAUGAAGAGGACAGCUUUUUCAGCAGGGAGUUUGAGCCACUGUUGAGGAGCUCUCGGAAUCCAUCGGGUUCACGCAGGGAGGAUGCUGGUAAUGAAAAUGUGACAAAGCGUAGAAGAUGGAACAUAAUUGGUGCGCUGAUAGGCUUUGGGCUGUCCAUGGUCAGUUACUCCAUGUUUUCAGAAACGUACAGUCAAUGGAUCUACUUACGCUUCAAAGAAGACAUCAUGGGGACCAACUUCUCUUCCAUCAAUUCAUCACAUGCCCUACACCCAUGUGCGUCAGGUCAGAACAACUCAGCAUUCUCAGGCUCGGACUUAGACCGUGCUCAGUCAGAGGCCUCGUCGUUCAUGUCAUGGUCCUUGAUAGUGCUCCUGGUGCCCGCCUUCUUCAGCUGCAUUUUCAUGGGGGCUUUUUCAAACAAGUUGGGCAGGAGAAUGCUCUUCAUAAUACCCGCAGCAGGUUUUGCGGUGCGAGUGGCAGUCACCUGCUCCGUGGCCUACUGGCACCUGAACAUCAACUUCCUGUACAUCGGCGUAGCGGUGAGCGGAGCUUGUGGGAGCAUGGUGGCCAUGUUCAUGGCUCUCUACAUGUACCUGGCCGACAACACAGGGGAGAGCAAGAGCAGAUCCUACACCAUGGUCAUUGCUUCGGCAAUGUCCACCAUCCUCCUCUGCAGUGCCAGUCUCGGAAUCGGUUACUUCAUCGCAAAAAGUGGCUACCUCUGGCCGCUGGUCGCAGCAUUGGGUGGCAGCACUCUGGCUCUUCUGUGGUUUAUUUUUGUCUUGAGGGAGUCUGUGGAGACCGGUAGUUUUGCUGAUUGUCAUGAGAGGAUGGAAGCUGUGAAAGAUGUGUUCAAAUUCUACCUGGCCAACGGUAUGGAUUCCCGUGCCAAGCGUUCUGACUUCAUCAUUUUAGGAGUGGUUUUCUUGAUGUUUGGCACAUGCUUUGGAGCCGAGUUCAUGAUAAUGUUCCUCAUGAAUAAGCCACUUUGCUGGAGUUCGACAAAGAUUGGAUAUGUCUAUACAUUCCAGGGCAUUCUGCAGGGGUUUUCUUCCCUCAUCCUGCUGCCUGUAUUUCAGAAGUUUAUCAGUGACGAGUUCAUCUGUGCCUUGGCUUUACUGUCGGGUGCUGCGGGAAAAAUUGUGCUGGCGUUUGCGGUUGAUGAUUGGAUGGUUUAUUUAGCAUUUGUCCUGGGCAUGCUAGAGCUUCUGGCUAUACCGAUGAUUCGAGGGAUUCUGUCCAGAAUGUCCUCGAAGGAGAAAAGAGGGUCUCUAUUUGCCAGCAUCGCAGUGAUUGAAGUGGUCACCUACGGCUUGUCUGGCUUCGGUAUGAACAUGCUGUACUCUGCCACCGUGGCCAUCUGGCACGGCUUGGCCUACAGUGUCAUCAGUGGGUGUAUCCUGGUGUCCAGUGUCCUCAUGGGGAGCUACGCUGUCAUCGUUCACCGACGUGCGGCCGGACGGGAGAGCUUUGUCACCGUGGAGGUUGUACAUGAAGGUGAAGGUGGAGGUGAUGAUGAAGGCGAAGGUGGAGGUGAUGGCACUGGUGAUGGGACAGAAGACGGCGCGCCAAGUAGAGAAAGAGAUGGCGGAGAUUAAUGUGGAGUC